AAUGAAUGAAUGACCGUUCAAAGUGCCUUGCACGUCGUCGGUUUAUUCUGUUUGCGCCCACUCGUUGUUGACCUUUCAAAAUACAUUUUCUUCUCUCUCUCUCUCUUUCUCUUUCUCUCCAAUCUUUGCAUCUUCAAUCCCUGCAUUUCUCCAUCAUCGUCACCCUUCUUCUUAUGGUCUUGGGUGGUGUCGAGUGUUGGAAGCAUGGCAUACAAAGUGGACCAUGAAUACGACUAUCUCUUCAAGAUCGUACUCAUUGGAGACUCUGGUGUCGGAAAAUCCAAUAUCCUUUCCAGGUUUACCCGGAACGAGUUUUGCUUGGAGUCUAAGUCUACCAUUGGGGUUGAAUUCGCAACCAGAACAUUACAGGUGGAGGGGAAGACUGUGAAGGCACAAAUAUGGGACACAGCUGGUCAAGAGAGGUAUCGGGCUAUCACGAGUGCAUACUACAGAGGAGCAGUAGGUGCCUUGUUAGUGUAUGACAUAACCAAGAGACAGACAUUUGAGAAUGUACAAAGGUGGCUUCGUGAACUGAGGGACCAUGCAGACUCCAACAUCGUUAUUAUGAUGGCUGGAAACAAGUCUGACCUCAACCAUCUCAGAGCAGUCUCUACCGAUGAUGCUCAAGGUUUGGCUGAGAGAGAGGGUUUGUCAUUCCUAGAGACUUCUGCAUUGGAGGCCUUCAAUGUUGAGAAAGCAUUUCAAACCAUUUUGUUUGAUAUUUACCAAAUUAUGAGUAAAAAGGCACUCGCUGCACAGGAAGCAGCUUCCACUGCUAACGUUCCUCAUGGGACUACCAUAAAUGUCUCAAAUAUGUCUGCUAGUGUUGAGAAGAAAUCUUGUUGUUCCAAUUAAACUUGUAGAAAACACCAGGAACAACAACUUUUUUCA